AUGAAGAAUAUAGCUUUCUUAAAGAGUUAGACUUAUUAAUAAAUAAUUAAUGAUCCAGUCAAGAUAAUUAGAUUAAUUAUAAAAAUAACAUUCGAUUACUUAAUAAUAGUUGGAUUACAAAAAUUAGUUCUAAAUUGGCCUCAUUAGUAUCAGCCAAUAAAGAAUAUCCUGAAUUAUCUAAAUGAGUAAACAUCAAAUAUUUAAGCAUUUUAAGUGAAAUAAUAAAUAAAUCCAAAACUAAUUGGAACAUUAGAAUAAAAAGAACAAUGUAAUGCAAUUGUAUUUGAUCCUAAAGGCAAUAUUAUGGUAUCAGCAUGUGGAAAUAAAAUUAAAAUUUGGAAUUUUCAAAAUAAUUUGAUUUAAGACGUUAAUUCACUUUUAAAGCAUUAAAAGAAGUUACUUGUUUGGUAUAUAGCUAAAUAAGCAAUUAUUUUAUUUCUGGAUCAAGUGAUGGAUCACUUAGAUUAUGGAAGGAAGAGAAUAAUAAUCAAUGAUUUAGUUCUAAACCUUAUUGUGAGAAUAAUCAAUGGAUUUAUUGUAUGAUCAUGACGCAAAAUGAAGAUUAAUUAAUUUCAACUAGUGCAGACUUUUUGAUUAAGUAUGGAGUAUAGAUUUUAUUAAUAAUAAACUUACAUUUCUUUAUUCUUUAUUGAUUCAUACUAGCGAUGUAAACUCAAUAAGUUUAAAUGAAUCAGAAACUGUCUUGGUUUCAUGUGGGCAUGAUAGUUUAAUAAUAAUUUGGUAAAAGGAUGUCGAAAAUUAGUGGGCAUUUUAUGAAUUUGUUAUAAUGAUUGAAAAUAUAAUAAGUUUUAAGAUAAUGCAAAAUUUUCAAAAACAGAUCAUAUUUAAAUAUGUUAUUAAUAGAAAUUGCUUUUGUGAUUUUUAUCGACCAUAAGUAAUUAAUAUAAGAAAAUGGAUAUCAUAUUAGGUUAAUAAAGAAGAUUAUUUUAUUUGGUUACCUCCUCAAAGCAAUAUACUGUGUGUUUACUGA